AUGGGAGUCGGACGGCGUAUGAAAAAGCAGGGCUUGCCCGAGCCCCUCGACGAGGCUCAUUUCACCAACCUGAAGCGCAAAGCUGGCAUGUCAGUGUCCGAAUCCCGCGCCGAAAGUCUUCAGUACCAGAAUACGAAGAAGCGCAGGACGAGCGCCGCCGAGAAGAAAGAGAAGAAAGCCGCCACAGCUGGAAAGCAGAAAGCGAAAGGCAAUGGCGCCAAAGGCAUGGGUUCCCCGGUGCAGAAAUCCGCGCUGAAGAAAUCGAAGAAAGCUGUUGAGGUGCCGCUCCCGGACUCUGAUGAGGAUAUGGGGGAUGCGUCUGAUGAUCCCGAGCCGAUGGGCGACGAGUUCGACGAUCUGGAUGCUGAAGGAGGACUUGGAGAUGACUUUCUGGAAUCCGGGAGUGAAGUUUAUGAUUCGGAGGAUGAUCACAAGACGCGGGCUAUGUUCUCUGAGGAUGAGGACGAGUCGGAUGCGGAAGAGAAACUGACGGCGGCGAAUAUUGCUGGCUUGACUAGGAAACUCGACGAGCAGAUGGCGGAAGAGGCGGCGGACGCACAAGCUGAAUUGGAAGAGGCGGCGCUAAGAACCAAUAUUGCUGGAGACCGACCGCACAUCUUAGACGAUUCGGAGUCGGAUGAGGAAGCCGGGCCAAAGAAGAACGAAUUAAUGGCUCCGGAUUUGCAGCUUCUGAGGACAAGAAUCAACGAUACAGUGAGAGUUCUGGACGACUUUUCCAAUUUGUCUGAAGAGGGGCGAUCGAGAGCGGAGUAUACGGCGCAAUUGAUCAAGGAUAUUUGUGCGUACUAUGGGUACUCGGAAUAUUUGGCCGAGAAGCUCUUCAAUCUCUUCCCGCCGAAGGAGGCUUUUGCUUUCUUCGAGGCCAACGAAACCCACCGUCCAGUCGUUAUCCGUACCAAUACCCUCCGAACACACAGACGAGACCUCGCACAGGCGCUCAUCAACCGUGGUGUAGUUCUAGAGCCCGUUGGAAAAUGGUCGAAGAUCGGUCUCCAAAUUUUCGAGAGUGCUGUCCCUCUAGGAGCCACUCCUGAAUAUCUCGCAGGUCACUACAUUCUGCAAGCCGCUUCUUCUUUCCUCCCAGUCAUGGCUCUCGCACCUCAAGAGAAUGAGCGGGUCCUGGAUAUGGCCGCUGCUCCCGGUGGAAAGACCACGCACAUUGCAGCUCUCAUGAAAAAUACCGGCUGCAUCUUUGCGAACGAUAGCAAUAAAUCUCGUGCCAAAGGUCUGAUCGGUAACAUCCAUCGUCUCGGCGCAAAGAACACCAUCGUCUGCAAUUACGAUGCUCGCGAGUUCCCCAAGGUCAUCGGUGGUUUCGACCGUGUGCUGCUCGAUGCCCCAUGUUCAGGGACCGGAGUUAUUGCCAAGGAUCCCAGCGUCAAGACCAACAAGACCGAGAAGGAUUUUCUCAUGCUGCCUCAUCUCCAAAAGCAAUUGCUCCUUGCAGCAAUUGACUCCGUAGACCACGCAAGCAAGACCGGAGGCUACAUCGUCUACUCCACGUGUUCUGUCACCGUUGAAGAAAACGAAGGUGUUGUCCAGUACGCGCUCUCCAGGCGUCCCAACGUCAAGCUCGUUGAAACCGGCCUCGUAUUCGGCAAAGAAGGAUUCACAGCAUACAUGGGCAAGACGUUCGACAAGUCCCUGAAGAUGACCCGCCGCUACUACCCACACGCAUACAACGUCGAUGGCUUCUUCGUAUCGAAGUUCAAGAAGAUGAGACCGUCGCCGAAGAACGCGACGGGUGAAAAGAUGGGCGUCAACGAUCAGGAUUUCGUCGAUAGACGGCCGAUUCCCGAAACGGAGGAGAAAGAGGAUGAGUUUGGUGGGUGGGAGGAGGAUGAGGAUGAGGAGCUCAUGGAGAGGGCUAAGAAGGGUGCGCUGAGAAGAAAGGGAAUUGAUCCUAAGGCGAAGAGAGGGGAUCAGAGUAAGAAGGGAUUGAAGACGAAACCUGUUGUCGAGGAGUCUUCUGCUGCUGAAAGCGCUACGAAUGGGGCCGCACUACCCAAGAUCAACAAUGAUGCUCCUGAGAAAAGGCAGAAGGGCAAGAAGUCCAAGCCCGGCCCCGAAACCGUGGUCGACACCCUCGCCGAGGUAGCUCCGGAAGUACUGAAGACUAACGGCGAUGUCGCAAAGCCGAAGGAGAAGAAAAAAUCCAAGCCAGCUGCUGAGAUUGCUGCAGUGGUGCCCCCCGUACCAGAACAGGCGAAAACGAAAGUUCAAGAAUCUGCCGUUUUAAUGGGUAGUUCGAAGUUGGGCAUUUUAUACUCCGGCCUUCUUCGGGCACUUGCUUUUCUUGAUGUCCGAGUUCCACUACAGAAGCGGCGGGGGAAGGUCUCGGUGGAUCUCCCUCUGUACAGUCUUGUCUUGCAUGACCCGCCCGAGUCGAGGGAUCUAGUCCUUGGGAGAGGAGACAUGCUCACCGUGGAGUGCGGAGUAGAAGCCUCGAUCGAUACCAUACCAUACGAUACGAUACUCCUGGAAGAAAGCCCUCCCACACGACCAUUUUUUUCGGGAGCCGAACGAACGAUCAGCAUGGAUUUGAGGGUUUGCGGCGGGGCGAGUCCGCUGUUGUCGUCGGCCUUUGGGCUUUCCGUAUGGCGCACAUGUUGCGCAACGCCUCCACUGGCGUGGGAAUCAUCGGGCGUGGGAAACUGGGAAGGCGCGCUUGAAUCGUUGAAUGAAGAUAGGCUCGAUUACAUGGGUGUUAUCUACCAGGCUGCUGCUGGGGAAGAAUCCGACAUUCAGGGACUGUUUGUUUUCGAGCUCCGGAAAUGGAGAAUCGGGGAUGUGGGGGAGGGCACGAGGGCUUUGAAUAAGAACUAUAUUCUUCCUUCGUCAAUAUCGUAUCAAAAACAGGUCCGUGGUAUAUGGGGUCAUUUUAUCCCCAUCUAUAUGUAUAUUUCGGGUCUAUUGCGCCAGUAUCCAGGAAGCCUGACGCAAGCAAGUCCGGUGUGGAAUGCCACUGUGAACUACGGUCUUUGUAUCUCCCCCGAAGCUUCGACACGCGUACCCGUUUUCGUGCCGUGA